AUGCGCAAAAGAAAGCUUCGGCGCGCGCAAAGCUUCGGAAAUGAAUCGCAGCCGUCUCUGGCGGGAUCGCAAAAGUUCCGAAAAGCAGCCGGCGGCGAGCGUGUCCCACCUUUUGGAGUGCUGAACAAUGACAAGCGUCCAUGGACCGAGCAAUUUGCGCCUAUCGAUCUAACAGAGCUUGCGGUCCACAAACGGAAAGUCUCCGACGUGCGCACCUGGUUGGAGAUGACCUUCAGCGGAAGGCGUCAGAAGGUACUCAUUCUCAAAGGCGCGGCUGGCACCGGCAAGACUACUACUGUACAGCUGCUGGCAAAAGACUUGGGCGUUGAGCUUAUGCAUUGGAGAGACCCCGGCAGUUCAGAGCACACGGAAGACGGCUUCGUGUCUUCUGGCUGUCGAUUCGAAGACUUUGUCGCCCGUGCAGGCAAGUCUUCGAGUCUGAUGAUCUCUUCAGACGCCGAUGCAGUACCUCCUGCGGAUCUGAAGCCGACAAAUACUGCAGCGCCAUCUCUGAAUCGGCCGAGAGCUCUGCUGAUUGAGGAGUUCCCCAAUACAUUCUCGAGGACCUCGACUCCAUUGAAUGCAUUUCGCUCCACCAUCGCUCAGUAUGUCUCGAUGACCGUUCCAAGCGACACAAAGCCCACCCCAAUGAUCAUGAUAAUCUCCGAGACAUUGCUUUCGACCAAUACCGCAGCAGCCGAUAGCUUCACCGCGCACCGACUCCUUGGGCCUGAGCUGAUCACAAAUCCUUGGAUCAAUGUCAUUGAAUUCAAUCCAGUCGCUCCAACAUAUCUCGUCAAGGCGCUUGAGACUAUUGUUGUCAAGGAAGCUCGCAAGUCCGGGCGGCGACGGACUCCGGGACCGCAAGUACUGAAACGUCUCGCGGAGACUGGCGACCUUCGGAGCGCAGUAUCGUCGUUGGAAUUCCUUUGCUUACGCGGUGAUGAUGGCGAUACGUGGUCUAGCAAAGUCACUUUCACAAAACCAAAACAAUCCAAGGCGCACCCGCCGCUCACUAAAGCGGAGGAGGACGCUUUGAGGCUGAUCACCAACCGAGAAAGCUCAAUUGGUAUCUUUCAUUCAGUUGGAAAAGUCGUCUACAACAAACGCAAAUCUGCACCACCGGGCGCCACUUUGGCUCAGCCUCCAGACUGGCUUCCACUGUGUCGACGUGAUGAGAUACCCGAGACCGAUGUCGACUCGUUCAUGGAUGAGAUUGGUACAGAUGUUUCGACUCUGGUUGCAGCCUUGCAUGAAAACUAUGCGAUAUCCUGUUCUGCUCCGAACAACGUUGAGAAGACAUUGAGCAGCUUGUCGGGCUGUAUGGAGAAUCUCUCGGACUCGGAUUUACUUUCGCUCGAUCGUUUCUCCUUCGGCACGCGGGCCUUCUCGGGUUCUACGGCGGACACGCUAAGACAAGACGAGAUGUGCUUUCAAGUCGCUGUAAGGGGACUGCUGUUCAGCCUGCCGAAUCCGGUUCACCGGAGUUUAGCUGUUGGCGGUAAAACGGCCGAUGCUCAUCGCAUGCUUUACCCGAAUUCUUUAAGACUGUGGAGGAGGCAGGAGGAGGUCGAGAGCAGCAUCGAAGCCCUGGUAGCAACUCUGGCCAGAGGAGGCAGCUUGGAUGCGAGCCAGGCCGCCGGAGUGUCAACCGGUGUCGUUGAGAGUUGGCAGCGGAACAAGACGACCAACACAGGUCAUGUCUCUAGCGAGGCAGAGGCAUCACUUCGACCGGACGCCAGCAGUCAGGCAAAGAAAGAGAUGAUACUGGACAGACUGCCGUAUCUGGCACGUGUCCUUGAUGCAAGGCCUCCAUCCCUGUCCAAUCGCCGAUUACUGGAUCAAGUUUUGUCAAUAACACGGACCUCUGGACCUUCAAUGUUUCAAGAGGAUGAUGAUGGCGAGCCAGACGAGAGGACCGAGCAAGCUGCUUCGGGCGAGCAGUGGACAACCGACCGACCGGAUGAAGAGUCCUCGACUACGAAGACGACAACCACAAAGCACCAGUCCACGUUUGACAACAUUACAAUUCCGGUCCGAGGUCGGGUCGAACAGCUAGUGCUCGAAGACGAUGACAUCGUCGAUGAUUGA